AUGAUCCCAGGCUGGUUUAAUAAGUCAAAGUUUAGCCGGGAAAAUACUGAAGAUGACUCCGGUUAUGAGAUACAGACAACCAAGUUCUUUAUGAUUGCAGUACACCACCACCCCACUGGACUGCUUAAGACAGCUAAAAGUGUUGGAUUUCAAUAUCCUACUACAUUAAGAUUAUUCCACAUCGGUUAUGUUCUAGGCGUAAUAUAUGGAUUCUUGUUCUCACUCAUCUUAACAGCGAGAGAAAACUACUACUCAGAUGCUAGUCUAAUCAGUAGCAUCGUACUUGGAGUUAUCAUCUCUGAGACAGGAUUAUUUAUCAGCUUUUUCUGGGGAGUAUAUACUACGAGUUGGACUACUGGUUUAGAUCUUGAAGGUCUUUGUUUACCGGAUCCAAGUUCUCUUGUGCUUUUCAUGACCAUCAUGUUAAGUGCAUUAAGUAUAGUGGUAUCCAGCGUAUAUUUGAAAAACCAACAUUUGUAUACAAGCUGUACGAAUAUCAUGACAUUCACUUUGUUUGUUCCCUAUCUACCAUAUUAUCUAAUUGGUUUAAUUUUCUUACAAACGGCUUUUGGUUUGAUUGAAUUAUCGCACCCAGAUAACUCCAUACCAGUGAACCGGUUUGUAACUCCGUUCAUAUCGUACCUGAAUGGUACUUUUUUAGCAUAUUAUGCGGUGUUAAAAGUAAUCCCAUCCAAAACCGGUGGUUUGUUAGUAUUUUAUGUUAUCAACAUGUCAAUGAAAUAUCAACAACGAUGA